ACUGAUUGUAUGAGAGAAAGAGAGAGAGAGAGCGAGAGAGAGAGAGAGAGAGAGAGGGAGAGAGGAAUUCAGUCCUGUUUAAAUGGGAAUCCAGAGCGCAGAGAGGAAAAAGGACUCAGACUGAAAAACCAAGAAAGACAGAGAAGGCAAAAAAAAAAAAAGUGGAGACAGAUUUAUUUUACGCACGGGGGAAAAACAGGGAAACGAGUUGAAGAAAGGAAAGGAGGAGGGAGGAAAAGAGGCAUCAGGAUUUUUUUUUUUUUCCUCUAAAUUUGGCUCCUUUCACUCUCAUGACUCAAAGAGGAUUCCAGUUAAAGUCAGCCGGUCGGGAGGAAUUGAUGGUGUCUUUUCGGGGGAGCAGAGCCGAGGGGAGGAAUCUGAAUGCGCUCGGCUGAACCAUGCCAGCCUUGUGGAUCAUAACUUUGGCGAUCACUUUGAACCAAGUGUGGAGCGUUCGUUUCUCCCAGGAGCCCGCGGACCAGUCGGUGGUACUGGGAGAACGGGUGGUGCUGUCCUGCGUGGUCUUCAACUACAGCGGCAUCGUCCAGUGGACCAAGGACGGCCUGGCCCUCGGCAUCGGCGAGGGUCUGCGCGCCUGGCCCAGGUACCGUGUGCUGCGGGCUCUGGACAUCGGCCAGUACAACUUGGAAAUCUCCAAUGCCGAGCUUUCUGAUGACUCUCUGUACGAGUGUCAGGCCACGGAGGCCGCCCUGCGCUCCAGGAGGGCCAAACUCAAUGUGCUCAUCCCCCCCGAGGAUCCGGUGGUCGAGGGAACCCCGGAGCUCCUGCUGAUGGCCGGGAAUCCGUACAACCUGACCUGUGUGACCCGCGGGGCCAAGCCUGCGGCGCACAUCCAGUGGACCAAGGAUGGAGUCGCUGUGGAGGGAACCUACCAGUCCACGGAGGUGCUGCCAGACAGGAAGAGGGUGACGACCAGGAGCUACCUGCCCAUUACACCGGUCGACACCGACAGUGGUUCCAACUUCACCUGUGUGGCCAGCAACCCGGCAGUGCCCAUGGGCAAACGAGCCACCGUCACCCUCAAUGUCCACCAUCCACCCACAGUGACGCUGUCCAUCGAGCCUCGCUCUGUCCUGGAGGGCGAGAGAGUCACCUUCACCUGCCAGGCCACUGCCAACCCUCCUAUCAUGGGCUACAGAUGGGCUAAAGGUGGCGUGCUGCUGGAGGGGGCAAGGGAGAGCGUGUUCGUCACCACAGCCGAUCACUCCUUCUUCACUGAGCCCGUGUCCUGUCAGGUGUUCAACGCUGUGGGAAACACCAACGUCAGCAUCCUGGUGGACGUGCACUUCGGCCCGAUACUGGUGGUGGAGCCCCGGCCGGUCACAGUGGAUGUGGACUCUGACGUCACUCUUAACUGCAAGUGGUCUGGAAACCCUCCUCUCACCCUCACCUGGACCAAAAAGGGCUCCAGCAUGGUGCUCAGCAACAACAACCAGCUGUAUUUGAAGUCAGUGAGCCAGGCUGACGCAGGCCAGUAUGUCUGCAAGGCCAUCGUACCCCGGAUUGGAGUGGGAGAGACUGAGGUUACGCUCACUGUCAAUGGUCCCCCCAUCAUCUCCAGUGAUCCGGUCCAAUACGCUGUCAGAGGGGAGAGAGGCGAGAUCAAGUGUUACAUCGCCAGCACACCCCCGCCUGAUAAGAUUGUGUGGGCAUGGAAGGAGAAUGUGUGGGAGAAGGAGAAGGGCACCCUGAUGGAGAGGUACACCGUGGAGCAGAGUAAACCUCCCACCCAGGGCGGGGCCGUUCUCUCCACGCUCACCAUCAACAACGUCAUGGAGUCUGACUUCCACUCGCCGUACAACUGCACCGCCUGGAACUCCUUCGGCCCCGGCACCAUGAUCAUCACCCUAGAGGAGACAGAUAUUGUUCCAGUGGGAAUUAUCGCCGGUGGUACGGUGGGCUCCUCCAUUCUGCUGCUUAUGUUUCUACUGGCACUCGCCUUCUUCCUCUACCGCCAACGCAAAGGCAGUCGCCGGGGUGUCACACUCGGUAAACCAGACAUCAAGGUAGAAACGGUUAACAAAGAGACCCACAGCCUGGAGGAGGAGGCGACAAAUGUCUCUACAGCAACCCGGAUGGUCAAGGCCAUGUACUCUUUUCUGCCCUCUGUUUCCCUCUCUCCCUCCACUCAGCCAUUCAAAGACGAUAUGGACCUGAAGCAGGACGUCCGGAGCGAGAGCGACACCCGCGAGGAGUACGAGCUCAAGGAUCCAACCAACGGCUACUACAACGUCCGAGCCACCACCCACGAUGAGGCGCGCCCCCAGUCACGUGCCAUCCACUACCAGGGAGAGUUCCGCUCGCCAAACCCAAGUAGCGGGCCGGCCGGUGCCACAUCCAGCGGACCCUCAGCUGCCCCCAGCGGUGCAGUUCCCCCAAGCGGUGUGCCAGGCUCAAGGACAGGCUGCUAUGACCCCCGCCCGCCUUCCAGGAUGUCCCAUGCCACCUACGCCCAGUUCAACACCUUCUCCAGGGCGGCGCCGAGCCAGCAAGCUCCUCCCAAUCCGGCACUUCAAUCGCCUGGAGAUUACCCGGGAGACUGCGGCCUGCUGGACAACACAACCCAGCUGGCCUAUGACAACUACGGAUACCCCUCCCAGUAUCCCAGCUACCGCAUGGGCUUUGCACCGCCCAUAGAGGAAGGGCCAGCCUAUGAGAUGUAUCCAACUGGACAAGGGACCGGGCCAGGGCUGGGACCGGGGCCGGCACCGGGGCCGGGACCGGGACCGGGGCCGGGACCGGGGCCGGGGCCGGGGCCGGGGCCGGGACCGGGGCCGGGCCCAGGACAGCAAAGUCCUGAAACAGGGCUGGGGAAGUAUGGAAGCUCCACUCGCUUCUCGUACUCGUCUCCCCCCUCUGACUAUUCCCACAGACACACACAGCGGAUGCAGACUCAUGUGUGAGAAACACACACUCACUCUUUGGCUCGCUUUUUUGCAGCAGCAGUACUUACUACACAUAAAAAUACCUACCUUUCUAUACAUACACAUUCAAGAAUCUGUUCUCUCUCUCCAUGGCAACCAGUGCAUGGAAUUUGGUUAAUUUUCUGAACCAAUAAAACACAACAACGCACAGCAGUCAGCAGCAUCGCAUAUACAGUACUCUAGUUAGCAGCAAUACAUACGACACACGCAAAGCGACAUUCACACACAUUUGCGCAGACCUUCUGUUACGUGCAGUGUUUAUGCUUCGACAAAAGCAACAGCGUGCCACAAUCAAGAGAAAAGAGACAAACAGAGGAGUAGAGCACUUUGAAGACAGGAAAGAAGAGGAGCGCCGAGAGCUUAAGGAGGAGCAGAGGAACCGUUUCCUUCCUGCAAUCCUCGUUUUUGCUCUUCGACCAUCUCCACUCCCCCCUCUGCAUCACAUCUUCCCUCCCACCCCAUCCCUGUAAAUACGUGCAAAUUCAGAUUUGGAUCAUUUUAAAGUUAUUUCCUUGUACAAACCUAUACAGUGUGAUGCAGUGCAGUGACCUACAGCAAACCUCACACCUUUUUCUUGCAUUUUGUGACUCUCACAUAUUGCAAAACACAGACACACACACACACACAGAUCUUUAAAGACUCAUCUGUUUCUAUGUAUUGCAGCAACGGGGCAGCUUGAACUAUAACUAUAUCUGGCACUUUUUGAUCCUCUUUCCUCACUAAAACCUGCCCAGUGGCCAUUUUUUUUACAAGAUCUACCUUGAUUUAAGUGGGACAAAGCUUCUUAAGGUGGUAUAGUGAGUGACCAGAGUGCCGAUGCUUAUGUGCCAACACACACAAACUAUUGACACCGCGGCUUCUUUUGCAAAAGCGUACGACGAGAUGCUCUGGACGACGAGGUUUUGUACAUGCCACAUCUGAGAGGAAAGGAGCGGUAGCAAGCAUCUCUGUAAACUCCUUCUCCUCCUCACCGCUCAUUUUUAUCAUCAUGAUACAUUUCUAGACUUCACAGUUCACUCAAGGUCAAUGCUGUAAACAGUAUUUGUGAAACGAGGUGUGGCAGGAGCGCUUUUUCAUUCAAUGAAUUUCUGCAAUUUGUACAAAAAAAAAAAAAAAUACCUCCCCUAUCCUCAAGUGUCAAAAAAUAUUUGUUUCUCUCACUUGCACAGUAGAAUAGAUUUUUUUCCCAUAUUUAUACCGAACCAUGUGGAGAAAAAAAUGGCAUUCAGAAACAUUUUAUAGUAUUUUUAUAAGGAGUUGUGGACCAAAGGUUCAGAGUUUUUGGGUGACACUCACUUUUUAACGUGCAGGUGGCAACGUGAGCGUUAUUGGAAACGUUUGAGUUUCUUUAAAAAGAGAUGGAUGGUAUUUUUAAAGUGGAUGUUGUUGUAGACUUAAAUUAGAAGAUUUGAAGAGCUCCAUUCCAUAAACGUGAAUAUCCAGCAGGCGGGGGAGAAGCCUCUCUGGUGGAUAUCUCCGUUUGGUGUGAAACUCUUCCUUUGACUUCCGGUCUUCUGACUGGACUGCCUUUUUUUUAAACGUCGACGACAUUCAAAAGUGAUGGAUGGAGAACAGGCAGCCGCUCGCUCUGAGCUGGGCUGUGAACGCAGAUGGUUCGAGUGUAGUCUAACAUAUCAACAUGAAGGUACAGGGGGUUCUAUCUAGCUCAUACGGUACGAUGUACAUUUAUGUGUAAGUGUGCUGGGUUCCUCACCGCAGCAGAAACUUUUGGUGGUAUUUUAUGUCUGAGAUCUUUCCAUCAUGUUGCGUCAGCUUUGGUUUGUGUGAUUGGCUUUUGACCCCACAGGUCAAUGAUGAUCAGCAUUUAAGAUAUUGCUUGUUUUGCUCCAAACUCUACUGAUGCAGCUACUUAACAAGUCCCAUAUUUACCAAAUGAUUCCUCCAAUAGAGGACAAAAAAAAAUGUUUUUGUUGCAGCUUAGUUGCUUUGCUUACCUUCCCAAUAGUAGGUCGAAAUUCACAAUACGAGUUUACAAAAGGCUUUUCAAGACUGUAAUUUGAUCAGUGUGGAUUAUUAUCUGUGUAGCAAGUUUUAAGAGUAGUGAUGGCUUUUUUUUUUGGCUGAUGUAAAAAAUAAUUUUAAGUAAGAAGUGCUUAAAAUGAAGCCUUGCUUAUAAAACACCGGUGGAUGUUACCGUUGUCCUUUUCGGACGUUUAUUUGAGAUGAAAAGAGCUAAAAGCUUUUGAAUGGCUGUGUGCGACUGCUUCGUUUUGUAUUCUCCAAUUUGAGCAAUUUUUCUUGUUACAAAAUCACGUCUGUGGGGAAACGAACACAGAUAUCCAGUUGGCUGUUUAUGAGCAGUGAGCACAAGAAAUUCACUUUUGUUCAACGUAUGUGGGAUCAUGUUUUUCUGCGGUUGUUCGCCUCCACAGGAAAUAAUUAGACUUCCAGUCACUUACUUACAGUGUUACUCGCAAUGUGAAUACUGCACUAAAAACAUCUCAGAUAGCAAAAUGGAACUUCUGGCACAACAUAUGCCUGGGUCCUCGGCCUGAGUCUGGCCCAUAUACGUCCACAUCUGGGCAGAGUCCAGCUGUUAUCCUGAUGAUUUUCUGUGUGGGGGCGCCAGAAGCGGUCCAGAUGUGGAAGAAGCAUCUUACAAUCAUGCUCUUUAUAUGGGCCAAAUUUGGGCUGUGGAACCGGUUUUAUACUUAGCUUGAAGAAAACAAGCACGUGGCCAAAGUAUGGGCCGGAUUUAUUUUGCUAUUUCCAAAAAAAACAGCUACUGGUGCUAAAACAAGAUCGGUGAAAAACUGUCGGCUCAUCAUCGGCCAUAAUGUCACCGCUGCAGUGUUUUAGUGUGCACACUGAGCUUUUGUGAGUGAGAUCAGAUUCAACAGUCUUCAUCGCACCAUCUCACAACUUCACCUUUUUAUGGUGACAAUCAUUUCUUGACAGGACUCCACAGCUGCUGCAUCAAUCUGUACAACACGCUGAACUUGAAAUUAUAAGAUUCCUUCAAAAAAUACAACCUCAUUUUUUAAGAGACAUCAAGUGAUACACUGAACGUCUUUUAGCACCCACCAGAUGUUGCUUUUAUUUCAACCUUUUCUUGAGGGAACAUCUGCUUUAUCUGACAGACAAAGUGAGGAAGGACUGAAUACAACAAAGUGUCAACCACUUGUAUCUGUGACAUGUUUUGUUGAGCGGUUCAGAAACGAAAGCAGGUGAGGUGCCGCUCUACGAAAAAAGAGAUCAGAGGCUGCAAAGUGAAGCCAGGAAUCUUACCACCUCCAGAGGUAAUCAUUGAGUCUUUAUACUUAUAAGCCGCCCUAUCAACCCCUCACAGAUACAGUAUAUUAUGGUAACUUUGUGCUAAGGGGCAGUAAAAUUUGUAUUUAUUGCCCCUGUUUUGAAUAAACACUUUCAGAGAGGAAAGCCACCGCCACGUCGUUUCUGAUUAGAAUAUCAGAUGGAACCUUGCAGCUCCAAGGUCACGAUAUAAACUGUUUCAGCGGUUAUGGAGAGAAGAACGGCAGAUGGAGCACCCUUUUAAAUUUAUAUGGUUAUCACAGCCUUGGUACUGCAUACUAUUACCUCUUUACAACCUUUUUACAGAGUUGUAGCCGUGCAGUGUUUUGCAUCUGACUUGCAAUGUCAUUAUGACCUUGUGUAGAAUGAGUAAAUCUGACACAGUGGAGGUACUGAGGGGCCAACAAAUACAUGGCCAGGCCACCCAGGUACUUAGUCAUUACCUCUUAAGUAUUUACAGUCUGUUGACAGUGGGGGCAUAUAAAUAUGUAAAAGACACCAUAGAUGCCAAACGUGCAAAAUGGAUGUUUACAUUUGGUUCUGCGAUGAAAAAAAAAAAAAACAUGUGGUUUGGAAGGGAAUGUGGAAGUGUUUACUUCCCCCCCCACACACACUCUUUUCUCAUGUGUACCUCUCACCGCUGUGUGUAUGGAUACUCUCUCCUGUGUCACAUUCAUAGCCACCUACCAGCUUCCAGAUUUAGCGGUUGAAAUCUGAACCUUUCCAUGAAAAGAAAUCAUUGCAAACCUUUCUCUCAUAGCUUUCUUCCAUAUUUUUUCUUCAAGAUGAAAACAUAUGGGGUAGAUAUAGCGAUCUAGCUUGUACAAAUGUGUGUGUGUGUGUGUGUGUGUGUGUGUGUGUGUGUUGGAGGGGCUGGGUUGGGAGUCUGUUUUUAGAGAAUAUAUAGCUUCACGAGCUCAUGACAUCCAUUGGCAGUGUUCAUUAUUUCGCGAUCUCCUUUCUUUCUAUGAAAACCUGUAUUUUCAGUUAUUUUCUUGGUAUUACUUUGUGGUGUUACGUCACCAGAGGAAGAAACGACUGUGGUCAGAAGUAUGUAUUUAAACUUUUAUACACAGUAUUUCGUUUGAUCUUGUAUGCAUCAGAUAGGGGGGGGGGGUUCUGAUUAAUCCACCCAGCGAAAAAAAAAAGAGAGUGGACGUGUGCAUCUGUGGCCAAAAACACUGCUCAGCCAGGCCACAAAUAGCCAAAAUUCUGUCUCAACUAGGCCAACCCAGACUAGAACCAGGCCAGACCCACAGCUAACUGCUCUGUUCCAUGCUGUGCUGUGCUGUGCCAUCCCUGGCCAAGAGUGACUCAAGUGGCUCGGUGUCCAUUUUUACCUUGUGGAGUCCUCAGUGAUGCCAAAAGACUGUGCAAAGAAAAUGAACUGAGCAGACAAACAAAUGCAGCAGCCAUUUGUGUUUAUUGUGUUCAUGGUAUGCUCAUGGGUGACUGUGUUUGUGAGUGUGUGUGUGUGUGUGUGUGUGUGUGUGUGUGUGUGUGUGUGUGUGUGUGUAUGUGUGUUGGCAACAUGUAACCCCAGUGUGAUUUCACACCAUUAUGAAUAUGUUGGGACCACUGCGCUGUAGAAAUAAAAGGGUUUGACUGAUGUUUUUGGCAAAUAUCACGUUGUCACCUGCUGUUAUGAUGGAGGCUACUCCUGACCACACUUGCAUUUAAAUGGGCUCAAAAAGCUACAAUGACAUUAGAUUUCCUUUUUUAUCAGAUUGUUAUUCAUUCCUUUCAUAGUCCAGUAAUCAGUUUUGAGAAAAAAUUAUUCAUUUAAAGGCAGUAUUUAUGCCCAAUAAUUCACUUCCUAGUGAAUAUGUGUUAAAGUUAUAAUCCUUGAGAUUUUUAUUUUUAUAGGGCUACAUCAAACCACCUUUAAGAUGUCAAAAUUGUGUUAAUAUAACCAUUUCAUGUAUUUGCAAUCAUAUCUAUAUACAGUAUUAGCUUAAAACUGAUUAGGCACAUUGUAUACCCGCACACAAGGAAAGAUAAGUGCACACACACAUUUUGUUCAGUGUGGAAGACAACACUGGAAUAUAAGUUCAGCAUUACUGUGUCAGAUGAAUGUGUGGACUAUUAGCCGUGCACAGUUACAGAGUCCUGCGGGCCAGAUGAAGGAUGGCAAUGUCAUCUUCCUGUACCUGCUUUAGCCAGAACACUACAAGUCUGGAAACAAGUGUGGAUAAAAUCAAUACAACUUCACAGAAGUUACUCUAAAAUUAGUAUAUUUCCUCAGUCAUUAUGAAAAAUGUUAAGUGCUCUUUGAAACCGCUACUGUAGCUUCCAUGGAAACAAUUGGCGUAGGAUGGACUUUGUACUGCAACUGGAACUGAUGGUUCCAGUUCUAACCCUAACCCUUUCAAAGCCCACCUCAGUCAAACCCUAGUAGGAAGCAGGCAGUUGGUGAGGCAGAGUGAAGGAGAUGACAUUGUGUGUGUGUGUGCGUGCGUCCGUGCGUGCGUGCGUGCGUGUGUGUGGCCUUAGGACAGGAGGAAGGAGCUGAGGUGGUGCGCUCGUCCCUCAUCCAGCUGCUGAGCCUGUCUGCUCUCUCUGAAACAGCUGCACGAGUGAACAGGAUGAAUCGAUGUUCUGUUCGCUAUCGUUGAGCGCGUGAAGACAAUGAUCAGAGCAGUGAGAAGGUUUCCAUGUUGCACUUAAAAACUGUGUGAAGUGGACGUGUGUGUGACGGCAAGAGCGGGACAGUUUGUGUGUUCAAACAAGCAUAUAUUCUCCAUACUCCGAGUCUUUAUUUUUAUCCCUAUAUAUUGUUCACAUGUGUAUUCUGUUCAUGUUGGGUUCCAGUACUUGUUUAUCCAUUUUACUCAAGAAAAAAAAAAAACUGUACAAAACACAAAAGAUAUUAUUGAUUUUUUUGUUAUUUUCAUGUUUCUCUGUUUGAUUUCUGCUUUUUUUCUUUCAAAUUGUAUGUAAUUAUUUUUCCACAGUAUUAUAGAAAAUAAAAGAAGACAUGGCUUUCAUAAGAA